AUGAAUGAAAGACCAUCCAAAAAGAUUUCAGAUGUGGAGGACAAGAACAAGCAAGUGCAUGCAAUCGUGUUUGUGAUCACUGCUGCCUCCUGUUCAGAAAAGUCUGACUGUGCAUCCUUGAUGAAGUAUUAUCAUCUUGCUGUGGAGAAUCAUUUGUAUCCGAUUGUUGUUGUGACUAAAGUGGAUAAUGUCAGCGAAGAUUUGAAACAACAUCCAGAGUGCAUGGACAAUGAUGAAGAGGUUACGAACGCUAUUAGUGCCUUAUGUAGUAAUACCGGUAUUGAGAUUGAUAGUGUAUAUCCAAUCAGAAACCUAUCAGUGGAUAUUCAAAAGGAAAGAAAUGAUUUCAUUGUGUUGAGAUGUUUGGAAAUACUGGAUGCAGCACUGUUGGCUGCCGAUAGAUUCUUUGAAUACCAAUGUGUCUUUGAAUGGCGUCUUAACAAGAUCAAUCAAGAAUCAGUACUUCCCACAGUUGCAAACAAAGUUAUUCACUUGAAUGCCAAAUAUCUUGGUCAUUAA